UCAUUAGAUUAGAGAUACGGUUCCCACAUCACUGUCUUGUCUUUUCUGCAUUCUCUCUUCUCUCCACCGCUUCAUUUUCAUUUUUCACACAAAAGGAUGCUCCUGAACCUGAACCUGAACCAGCUGAACUCACUCACUCAACUCAACAACUCUCAAACCAUGACGUCAAACUGAUCACAGGCACAGCACUGUCCUCAAGGGAUGAUGAUAUUUUUGUGGACCCUUUUUCUUCCUUCAUUCAUUGCCACCCUCGUUUUCUGCAUCUCCAAGCCUUGAUUACAUUACCCUUUUCGGGUUGAGUGCUGCUUCUUUCUUCAGUGGGGCUUUUCUGCAACCCUCACUUCCCAGCUUCAAUUCUGUUUUUUUCUUCCUUCUUCUCAUCUGCAUUUUCACCAUUAAUAACCACAAGGGUAUAAAUGUACCUCUCAAUUUCACCCUGACCCUCUUAGCCGCCCUGUUCAUAUGCAUUUAUAACCCUUAACUUGGUUUCCUUCUGCAACACUCUUCUUCCUUUUUUUUCAUCUGUUUGUGCAAGUUAUGGUAUUUAAUGUUCAGAAAUACUAUAAAAAAAUAAACUUUGGGUUAUUAAUGUGGUGAAUUUAUUGUUGGGGUGUGUGGUUAGGGGGUGAGUUGGUGGAAAAUGGGUAAAGCACCUUGUUGUGAGAAACAUGGAGUGAGAAGGGGUGCUUGGACUCCUGAAGAAGAUGAAGCAUUAGCUGACUACAUCAAGAAGCAUGGUCAUGGAAGCUGGCGUUCACUUCCAAAACAUGCAGGUCUCCUACGAUGUGGAAAAAGUUGUCGACUUCGGUGGAUAAACUAUCUUCGCCCUGGCAUCAAGCGUGGCCCAUUUACUGAUGAAGAAGAAAGUACUAUUAUUCAACUUCAUGGCUUGCUUGGCAACAGGUGGGCUGCUAUAGCAUCCCAACUACCAGGAAGAACAGACAAUGAGAUUAAGAACUAUUGGAACACCCAUAUAAAGAAACGCUUCCUUCGGUCUGGUCAUUCCCUAGGGGAAAAACAGCCAUCUGUGAUUCCUGAUGGAAACAAGGUCCACUCUGAAUCUCCUUCUACGCGCCAUAUGGUGCAAUGGGAGAGUGCCAGAGUUGAGGCAGAGGCAAGGUUGUCAAUGGAGUCUUCAUUGCUCAAUCCAUGUUCAGCAGGGAAAACAUGCCCUGAUCACAUCCUUCAACUUUGGCAUUCUGAGGUUGGGCAGUCAUUUCGCAUGCUCAAGGGAAAGGAAGGAUUAGUGUGUGAAAUCCUUGUCUCACAAGCAUCACGAUCAUCAUCAUCAUCAUCGAAAUUGGAGUCAUGUUCUGAUGUCUCAUUGCAAGGGAAAAGCACUGGAACCAGUAGCCACAUAGCAAAGCUUGAAGAUGUCAACAUGAUUCAAGAACAAGCAAGUAGCUACAAACCAAAGCUUGAAGAUGAUAAAGCUGUGUUAGAGUCGGGAAAUUAUGAAUUUCUUGACACUUCUGAUUCUGCACUAAAGCACCUGCUAGAUAUUCCUGAUGGUGAUAUAGGAUUCUUGGGACAAACAGACAAUUUUCUGAAUCUCCUUGAUGGUAGAUUUGACUAAGAUUAUCUUCUCCUUAGGGAAAGGCAAUACUUUGAUCUGAUAGUAUGAUUUUCUUCAUUUUUGUAAAUGCAGCCUAGGGUCUGAGUUUUUUGUAGGGAUUUCCUGCUGUUGAAAUUUCCUAAAUUCACUUGAGCCCUUAUUUCACAACUCUACAAAGCCGUGACUGCAGUGAAUUUAGGAAAAUUGACUCUA